GGGGCGGACGUAGCUCGUAGCACCUCGUAGCACCUCGUAGCAGCUCGUAGCUCGUAGCUCGUAGCACACCUACGCGGUAUGACCGGUCCUGCAGUACACGCGAGCAGACACAAACAAAAAGUGAUAUGAGUUGUGCGUCCGUCGGUUCAGUACUACGACUCUCGCUGCUGGUACUGACAUUUGUCGUAUCGUGCGCGUUCGUCGCCAGCGUGGUAUGGCUGCUGCGGACCAAAACCGCCGGACAAUAUGAGAACUACUACUUGUCGAGGAUUAAUAUAAGCGCCCGCAUCCAGGACAACUCCAGCACGCCGACGGUAUCCGACCACUACAAAGAUUUGAUCAAAAUCGAGAUAGCCAUGCGGCGCGUCGAGGAGAACAGCAGGCGGCUGAAGGAGUAUACGAAAUCGUUGUUGUGGGACAACAAGGACAAGUCGUUGUGGUGUGUUUUGUUCAAGGACAGUGUGGUUAAGACGAAAAAAGGCGGCAGGCAUAUGGUGGACGAGAACUAUAUACGGAGUCUCAGAGAGCAAAGGAUGAGGGACUCCGUGGUCCAUCUCCGGCACCACGGCGUCCACCAUCGUCGUCGGCCCGACGCCCUCCCCAACGUACCCUACAUAAAAUAGGCCGUCUAAAUAAAGCGGCGUUGUAAAGGAUGUAAAUAUAUUUUUAUAUAAGUGUACAGUGGAGCGUUCGUUGACUUCAGACAA